UGUUGAGGAUUGGAGGUUUGCGAUCCGGUGGUUGCCUCCCGUUACCGGAAUCUCGCGACUGGGCCAUCUCUAUUCUGGGGUCCAGUUCCACUCUUCUAAUCAAUUACAAAGGUGCUUCGACCGUGAGUUACCCCCACAGCAACUCUCUUCAGGUAGGAUAUAAUGACGGUAAGAUGGUACUAGGGGCUGGUUCGACAUUCGCCUGGUCGGAGGAUAAUCCUACAAGCAGUCUUCAGUUUGCGUCUCAUUAUAUACGCAUAUCAGAAUGGCUCCGCUCCCUUCAUUUUGCGUCAACAAUACUGGUGAUCCUAUGACUAAAGAUUUUAUCUCUGGCGUGACCAUCUUGCUUGCACUAUUUGGCAAGGACGCAACCAAUGUAUUCCUGUCGCAGUCCGUAAGCGUCCUCGACUGGGUGAUAUUUGCAAUGGGGGUCCCAUUCGCGGUGCUAGCCGUGAUUCGCACUUCUCGAAUGCACUUUCUGAAGAGCCUCGUUGGACUCGCUGAAGAUAAACCCUCACAUGUAGAGAAAGAUCUCAUGUCUUCCACGUCCGACGAAGUCUCCGAAAAAUGGGAUGGAGAGAAGGUUGUCCGGGUCGUUGGUCCUUCUUGUGUCUCGGAGCUCUUCUUCACCCGGUCUGAUGUGGAUCAACGACCACAUGGGCUCUAUACAACCCAUGAUGCCAAGUUCUGCACAGGAAUCUUGGAACGAAAACACGAGUGGACGACCGACCUUGACUGGGAAUUUCAACUCUGGAGACACCAGUAUCUCGACCAACGGAGGAGGCCUACUGAAGAACCCCGCCGGUGUUACCCGCCGAAUCUGAUGCUCAACCUAGGCCCUUACCGGAGGCUCCCUGCGCUGUGGGUGUUCACUAUCCUGGGCUUCGUCUCGCAAGGCGCCGUCAUCGUGUUGGUGGCUUUGAUCGAAUUCUAUGCCCCAAUGAGAGAGUGCUUCCGCCCCAACGUUUGGUCCUUCUACGUCUUCAGCAUAGGUACGGUAGUUCUCUUCUCGGGGUUGGUGGUGUGCGCCUCAGCCAUCGACCGAGCCUCGCAGGACGUCCUCUGGAAGCCCACACAGCCCGAUCUGUUGAUCAUAUGGCUCCAAGAGGGCUCCGACGAGGACCCGACCGAGCCCUCGUAUGUGAUCACCAAGCGAGUCCGCAAGGAAGUCGUAUCCUCGCACCGUCCUCGCGGCAUGACUCCGCGCGUGCGGUUCCCACCCCUGAUCAUUUUCUUCAUCGCGGUGGGAUACCUCUCGCAGGCCAUCUCCCUACCCACACUGCAUUGGCCGCCUCAAAUUCUCCAGUUCUUGACCACCGUGGUCAUGUUCCUUUGUCGGAGCUUCUUGCGCCGCCAGGAUCGGCCCGACCGAGCCAAGGAGAUCCGUGCGGGCUCUUGCAAGGACUGGGUGGCUAAAAUGUAUGCUCUGAGCCCGCCACGGCUUUAUGGACCCCUCUCGUCAGAGGAUGCGGAUCCGGACGUGACCUGGAUGCUAUCUCCUCUCAACGUUGGUGCGGGCGAAGACAGCGACAGCAAUCGUGAUACUCUACAUGCUGCAAACUUUCGGGGUUGCCGAUGCGCGCAGGACUUGCUGGAGAUCCGUCGGUCUCUUGCUCGCGCAACCCAUGACAAAGGCAUCCAUACCAAGCUGGCGAGCUCCCUUGCGCAAGCGAUUACUGAGAUAUCCCAGAGCCUGGCGGGUGACAUGGACUUCAUUGCGGAUGAAAAAGCCAAUCAGUGGACCUGGGAGGUGUGGAUUCAGGUGGACAAGGGGGUACCUGAGCCUCCUGAGCCUCUUCAGCUAAGGCUGGAGAAAAACGAGAUGUGGGAGGCGAACGAGCAAGAGCUGGGAGCUGUAAUCUCGUUGUUGCUGUCGAGCAUCGACAAAAAGAAUGCUCGAGUCCCCAAGAUCAGCAGAUUGAGCCUUGGCCCCAGCUCUGAGACUAUACCUUGGGGAAGGUAUAGCGACGCGGGGAUCUACCAAGUUCCGCCGGAAGACUCGUCCGAGGGUCUCAGUAUUACGGUGGGCAGAGAGAUGCUUCUCGGAGUUGACGAUGCCAUCACUGAAGCAUUAACGGAGGAAGCAAACGAUGCAGAGGUCACGUUCAGGGCUAGGAGGAUUGCCGCUCAAGACCAGCCCAAUGGCCGCUCCCGUGCGAUGAUAGCCCGGAUUUCCAAACUCUCGGCGGGUCAGCUCUAUUCUCAGCAUAUCUUCGUUUGCUUCAUGUGGGCCGUCGCAAAAGCCCUCCGGGGAAGGGGGCCCGGUUUGAGGUCAGAACAUGCCUUGGAAACGUUGUCUCGCAAGAUCGAAUUCACCGGGCUUGGCGACUUCAAUUUCGCAAGAUUGGCUAUCACAGUACCACUGUAUUAUUAUCGGCUACUACCGAGGUAGUUGACCUACUUAGCUGUGGGAGGAAUGGUGGGUAGGCUAUUUGUGAUGAGCCCUGGACGUGGGUGUUUGAACGAGCUCGUCACAUCCGAUCAUGAUUGCCCAGAGCCGUCUCACGUUUUUCUUUUUUCCAAAUGCCAAAUCGCCACACUAUCACCCUCAAUGAAUCCACUCACUUUUACGUGACCGAUGCAAGGUUGUCCUGAUCCUGUGAGCCUCAGAUUCAUUGCUGCCCCGCGAGG